UUGUCAAUAGAAUAGCAUUAAUAAAUAGUCAGUCUCUACAUGGCACUCACUCAUACCGCUCGUGUUUCAUUCAUACCCGUAUACCACAUGGCGACAAGCACGAAAGAACGUUAGCGUACACGGAAAAAAUCGUAAAAAAUCAUAAUCAUCGGAUGAAAGAAAAUAAGCGAAAAUAAAUUUAAUGAAGUUGAGAUCUCAGACAAGAAGGGAAUUAGCCGACGAUUCGUCAAAAUCCGGCAAGAAAAAUAAAAAAAGUGCGAUUAAAGAAAGGAAAGAAAAAAUUAGUGCACGUGCAGAAGAAACACGGGGCGACGAAAAAAAUAAGAAACAGAAAAAAGUAUUGAGAUUAUUAUUAACCAGAGUAACAACGGGCGACGUAACCGUGCAUCAGAUCACAAUCGACGACAUAAGAAAAGAAAGGGAGAAAAAAUCGCGAAGAAAAAUGACCGAGCACGUGAAAGCAGUGGAAGCAUUGAAAUUAGACGGCAAUUUGGCCGAGAAUUGGCGAAGAUUCAAGCGUAAUUACGACAUUUUUGCGGUAGCCAUCGGAAUGGAGGAUAAAAAUGACCCGGUAAAAAUCAACACAUUUCUCAACGCAGUCGGCCCAGACGCGGUUGAAAUUUACGACACAUUCGAUUUGACCGCUAUUCAGAGAGCGCAAUACACAGCAGUGACAGAAGCGUUUGCCACCUUCUGUGCAGCACACAAAAACACAGUCUACGAAAGGUACAAUUUCUAUCAGCGAAACCAAAAAGAAGGAGAAUCUUUUGAUUCAUUUUUGAUGGACAUCAAAAUCUUAGUGAAAUCAUGUGAGUUUAAUGCCGCUACAAAUGAAAUGUUGAGAGAUAGAAUUGUCAUGGGGGUCAGCGAUAAAAAACUGCAAACGAAAUUGUUGGAAACAGCCCAUCUUACGUACGACGGAGCAGUCGACAAAUGCAGAGCAUCAGAGGCGACAAAAGAGCACACCGAAAAAAUGUGUAAAACCAAAGAAGUGCACGAGUUAAAAACACAAACAAUAGCGUACACACGAAACAGCAAAAACCACAACAACAAAAACAUACAGAAGCAGAACGACAAACGAGCGACCACGUGGCACGGCAACACACAGAACGCACACAACACACAGUACCGUUCCAGCCGAAACAGCAGCAACAGCAACAACAACAGAAACGAGAACAAAAAUGACUACGAUCGAAACGGCUCCAAUCAUUCAAAGUGUAAACGAUGUGGGUACAGUCACGACGUUAAAGGCAAAUGCCCAGCACAUGGAAAAACGUGCAAUGUCUGUACUAAGCCCAACCAUUUCGCAAGCGUGUGCAGAUCGCGUCAAGUCGAUUCCAUUGCAUUUGGCCUACCUAAUGAAUGCACACAAAAAGAAUUUUACAUUUCCGCAAUUGAACGAAACGUGAGAAAUGAGAACGGCGACGUAUUUGGAACAAGGUGGAUGGAAAGACUUCGAAUUAACGGUCAAACAGUAGCAUUCAAAAUCGACACUGGUGCUGAAAUGAAUGUACUGCCAUUACAUGUUUUUCGUCGAUUGAUGUUUGGAUCGAACGUGGAGUUGCAACCCACUGACAUGACAUUGAGAGCAUUCGGAGGCGAACGAAUCGUUCCAAAAGGUAUGUGUUCUUUGCUUUGUUCCUUCAAAAAUAUUACUUUGAGAGUUGUUUUCGCAAUUGUUGAUCUUGAUGUCACCCCUAUACUUGGCUUGGCUACAUGCACACGAUUCAGAAUCGUCAAUCCACCGCACACACGCAACAACGUUGAGCGCAUAAAUCGAUACAAUUUAUGACUCGAAACGAUAAACAGAAACAUUGACAAGUCUUACGUUAUGAAACAUU